CUCUCCAGUUCCAGUUGUUUCAGACGUCAUGUACGUAGUCAAGAGUUCCGAUCUGAAUUGCUAAAAUCCCACAAAUUUGGCUUCAAAAAUAACAAUGAGUUCUGAAGUUGGUAUAGGCAAUCAUGAAGAGAUCAUUUCAGAUGAUUCAACUGAGAUUGAUCUUAAUCUUGGCAAUGAUAGUGCAAGAGUAACUACUACUGUCCAACAGGAACAAGUGCCUGAUGUUGGAAAAGGCAAUGAAGAGAAUUGUUCUAAAGAUGAUGAGUCUAAUGAAGUAAAUAUUGAAGAGCCAUAUGUUGGUCAGGAGUUUGAUUCUGAAGAUGCUGCACAUUCGUUUUAUACCGCAUAUGCAAUGCGUAUGGGCUUCAUUGUUCGCAUGGACUGCUUGCGCCGUUCAAGGGAUGGAACCGUCAUUAAAAGGACUUUUGUUUGUAACAAAGAGGGUUACCGCCGUACUAAUAGGUCUGACGAGAAUAGCAAGAGGCCGCGCAAGCCCUUUAGAAUGGGUUGCAAGGCUAAGCUCUCUUUAAGGAGGCUCAGUACUGGGAUAUGGAUUGUUACAAAGUUCAUCAAGGAACAUGCUCAUCCUUUGCCCGGGAGCAAGGGUCAAAAUGAACUCAACAAUGAUCAAACUCUGAAUGAGAGUGCGAGGAUUAAAGAGCUAACUAAACAGCUGCUUCGUGAGAGGAAGCGGUCUGCUUCAUUUAGAAAGAUUAUAGACCUCCUCUUCAGUCAUAUUAAGGAGCAUACAGAAGAACUAUCCAGAAAGAUCCAGUGCAUUGCAGACAAGGUGAACGAGAUCGAUUCUAUGGGCAAAAAUCAUCAGGAAACUCGCAGAUAGCCUUAUCAUUGAUAUGUAAAUCACCAAAUUGUUUAUGUCCAAAUUGGCUUCAUUAGUUUCUUUUUGAAUUAUUACCCCUCAAAUCUCUACUAUGAAGCUGUACUUAGAUUUUUUUUUUUUUUUUUU